AUGCUUAUUCGUCAUCGUGGAUGGCAACAAAUAGUAAAUACAAAAACAAAACGUUCAACACCUAUUUCUGUACUUCGAUGGACACUUCUUCGUCAUGUAACUCAAUCACUUAAUGAAAUUAAUGAUGAUGAAUUAAAGAAAAAUAUUCUUCGUGAAGAAAUGUCUUGGUUAAAUCAAUAUUGGGCUCAACCAACACCAAAAUCUGAUCUAAGUCUAAAAUAUUGGCAAAGACUUUUUCUUGUUAAAUCACUUGAUGUUCGACGUGAUUUUUAUGAAUAUUUAUAUGAUGAAGAAGUACGAAAAGAACGUCUUCGAUCACGAAUGGAAAAAAGAAAAGAAAUGGUAGCAACUAUGUCAGAUCCUAAUCAAUAUGAAUCUCUUCAUCAUAAAACAAUAUUUGCUACAUUAGAAACGAAAUUUAAUCCUCAACGUUUGUUUGAUCUUUAUUCAUUAUCAAGAGCUGCUCGAUUAGGAGAUUUUUUUGUUGUUGAUGGUGGUUUUGAAUAUGCUCAUAAUCGACAUUCAUAUUUUUCAGCACUUAUUCAAAGAGUAUUUCGUUGUUUUAAAAAUAUUGAUCGUUUUCAUUCACCGGCAUAUAUUAUAAUAAGUGAUUUAUCAGAUAAUUUUCAAACAUCACGUCAUCCGUUACCACAUGAACAUUCAACUUAUUUUCAAGGAACAAGAGAUCAAUAUAUUGAUUUAUUUGAUAAAGAUCGUUUAGUUUAUUUAACACCUGAUUCACCAAAUGUAAUGACACAUUUUGAUCAUAAUGCUGUUUAUAUUGUUGGAGGAAUUUAUGAUGAUCAAAAUAAAGAACCUUUAACAUAUGAAAAAGCCGUGAGACAAAAUAUUCGUCAUGAAAAAUUACCAUUAGAAAAAUAUCUGACAUUUCAUACAUCAUCAAGUAAAGCAUUAGCAUUUCAUGAAGUUUAUAAUAUUUUGUUAACAUUAAAACAUACAAAUAAUAAUUGGAUAAAAGCAUUUCGUUAUGUACCAAAAAGAAAAAUUGCUACACGAGUAGAAGAAAAUGGUGAAAAGGCAGAUGAGAUUGAAGAUGAAGAUGAAGAUGAAGAUGAAAAUGAAAACGGUGAAGUCAAAUGA